AAAGAUUUCACCACCCAUUCAAUACUUGGCUGGAAUACGAUGUUCAUAAUAUUAUGAAUCCAGAGAACAAGCCUGUGAGUUUUACGACAGCAAAGCAUGUUGUCAAAGAGGCAGCUGCUGGUCGUCCUUUAGCCGAGGCUUUCAUUUCCGAUUGUGAAAGAACUUGGGGGAAAGGAAAACGUGUCUCACAAAAAAGGAAGAGGUACGGUGAUGACAGUGAAGACACCAGUCCGCCUACAGUUGUUACGGCAACCAGAACAAGUUCCGUCAUCAACAUUAUUCAAAGUAGCAAGAGUGGCGAACCAAAGGGCCACAGCAGCGCAAACAGUAUAGAAUUUCAAUAUUUGUCGGAUGAUGACGUGCCUCCAUCUUCACAAACAACGUGGAAGGCAGUUCCUCGCGGCGACGAUAGACGGCCUGGUCUCUCAAUAUUUAUGAACCUCAUUUCAGUUCUAGGAGUCGUUGCGGACGCAAAGGCGCGACAAAAAAACGAAGAAAAUAUUGAGAUUGACUGUUUAUUAGUACAGAUCAAGACGUGCAGAAAGAAAAGUGGAGAGAAAUACCGCGAAGAAAGAAGCAUAACACCCGUUGAAGCUCAGUCAGCUAGGUCUUCGCGCGACCAGCCAACUUUUGAAGCGCCAGUACCUAGUACUAUUUACGAGGCUGAGAUGUAG